UAGCAUUGACGCACGAAAGGUUGCCGCGGUGGCGUGCGUGAAAUCGACGCGCGGCGAGCUCGCUUCCCCUCCUCUCGGCCGCCUAUAAAAACUGUCGCUCGGAUCGGGAACUCGCCCGGCCCUCUCGUCUCGCCCACCCGAAACCCCCAGCCCCUUCUACGCUUUAGUCGCAAGAAUCCGAGUGACGAUGGCCGUCGAGAGCAGCACCAGGCGGCCCCUGUUCGGCGGCGCCAUCUCCAGCUCCUUCCCCUUCCGGUUCCAGGAUGUGAGCAACAUUCGCGAGGUCCCCGACCAUCAGGAAGUUUUCGUUGAUCCUGCCCGUGACGAGAGCCUCAUCUUCGAGCUGCUCGACCUCAAGGGCGAGGUGGAGGACGGCGGCAGCGCGCUCUGGUUCCUGCGUGACGUUGCCAACGAGCAAGAUGCGGGGGAUGACAUGGUGAUCGAGCACUCUGGGACGGUUCAGCUAGCUGGUCUGCGGGACGGAGAAGCAUCUGCAGUGGCUGGAACUGCAAUUGGCAAGCUGGCAGUUUCAAAAGGGAGACAAGGCAGAGAAGCACAGAACAUUGUUCGAGUUUACUUGGCAAACUUACGUCUGAAGAAUGCAGCUACAGAUGUAGUUAUCACCGCAUAUGAGCCACUUUUGAUAAACCCCUUGAGUGAGAGCACCCAGGCGGUUGCAGCUGGAUCAGCAGUACCUGCAGAAGAAGCAGGAUGCUUACCAAUGUCAGAGGUUUUCAGACUUGCGGUUAUGAACUUUGAUGUCCAUGAUUGGAACCUUUUCAAUGGCAGUGCUUGAAAGUUUGAAGCAGAGAUGAUAAAUCUCAUAGCUAGACUGAGUCCAAUGAAAAGUUCUGCAAGGGAGUGUCUGGGGAAUGUAUUUUCCUUAAGCAAAAAUUAGUGUCUGAAUUUUCUUUUAGAUCAACAAAUUCUUUUUUAUUAAAAGUGCUAUAAUUUAGCUUAUGUAGUGUCAUCCAAAGAACCCUAGUUGAAAUAAAAAUUAAUAUCAUGUUAGGUUUGAGAA